UGCACAUCCUCAUCUAAGCAACCAACCAUGAACAACAAGAUUGUAAUAUUAAUCAGCGUAGUAGGCGUGGCUUCCGCCAGCGUCGUAGCGCCUCUGCCAGUAGCUGCGCGCGUAGCUGAAGUUCUACCUCAAUACUCCUACGGCUACGACGUCCAAGACUCCCUGACCGGAGACUACAAGGGGCACCAGGAACAAAGAAACGGCGACCUCGUCACCGGCUCGUACUCAGUAAUAGACCCUGACGGUACAAGGAGGAUUGUGGACUACACUGCUGAUUCUUUGAAUGGUUUCAACGCUAUUGUCCGACGCGAGCCCUUGGUCGUCCCUGCUGCUAGAGUCCUUGCACCAGCUCCAGUGGUAGCCCCUGCCCCCGCACCAGUUCUCGCCAGAGCACCAGUCUUCGCUCCAGCGCCCGCUCCGUUAUAUGCCCCAAGACUACCCUACUACUUUUAG